AUGGGCACUGCAAGAAAGAUUCUUGGUAUUGGCAUUCAAAGAGAUAGGAAUGCUCACAAGUUGAAGCUAUCAAAAAGUCACUACUUGAACUCAGUAGUGAAGAAGUUUAAUAUGGUUGAUUCUAAAUAUGUUAAUGUCCCUCUAGGUGGACAUUUUGAUUUAAGUUCCAAACAAUCGCCUUCAACUAAAGCUGAACAAGAAAGGAUGUCAAAAGUUCCAUUUGCUGAAGCAAUCAGGAGUGUAAUGUAUUCAAUGAUUUGUACUAGGUCGGACAUUGCUUACUCCGUUAGUCUUUUGAGCAGAUUCAUGGCUAACCCCGAAGAAGACCACUGGAAAGUAUUGAAGUGGUUACUUAGAUACUUAAAAACUACUUUGAAGCUGGGUUUAUUGUUCAAAAGAGUUGGUAGGCAAACUGAAUUAGAAGGAUAUGUUGAUGCUGAUUAUGCAUCAAACAAAGACACUCGGAAGUCUCUUACAUCCUACUGUUUCUUUGUUAAUGAAUGUUGUAUCACUUGGAAAUCUCAAAUGAAACAAAUAGUAGCAUUAUCAACUACCAAAGCUGAAUUUAUAGCCACUAUAAAAGCUUUCAAAGAAGGAGUAUGGAUGAAAUGA